UAUAUUGAUAUGUAUAUGUGUAUGUAAUAUAUCGUUGGUUAAAUAUUUUGGAUCUCUGGAUCCUGAUGAUGAGGUCCCGAGAUUCGAUAGGCACGGCACUGUUUCGAGACGUUCGUGCUGGGUGCUAGUUCGUGUUCAUGUUCAUGGGUGGUCCGUGCGUCCGUGUGGCAGACGACGACACGACGAAGAAACGACAGGUGAUGAGCAGGCCUUUCCACGAGUUGUCAGUUGUCACAUUAAAUAUGUACAGUGUACGCGUGUUGUUUAUGCCGUGAGUCCCACUUGCGCACGUGAUUAAACGCGACGUCGAGCGCCUGGCAGAUCCGUACAUACAUCUCGCAGUCACGUUAAAGACGUCUAGGAAGGAAAGGGUUAUGAGGCUCCUACGACAUCGCAGUAGUCGCGCUGUUAGACGAUAUUUUUCCAUUAUUUCCAAUAUUUCCAGCGGGGUAGAGCAUUAUGGCGGAGAAGUGCAAGGAAUGUGGUUGUAAGUGCGGCUCUUGCAGCCAAAAUGAUCAACAACACUGUGACAUGCACUUGCAUGUGGAGAUAGAGAAUCUGCGCCAGCGUCUACUUGAGAGAGACAACCAUAUUGUGACAAUGGAGACACAAUUUUUAAAUGAGGCUGAUAAAUUUCCAAAUGGAGAAUUGGCUUCAAUGAAGGAGGAAUUGUUGAUAUGGCAAGAAAAGUAUUCACGCCUGCACGAAGCGCACAAGAGAAUUCAAAAGGUCAAUCAAAAUUUGGAGGAUAAACUGCUGCGGAUUGUGGAUAAAUGUGAGACAGAGAAAAGUACAUUCACAAAGGACAUAGCGACUCUGUCUCAUAGAUUAGCGGAUGCAAAUUAUACAAUUCAUCAAUUAACUCAAGAUAAUGAAAAAUAUAGAAACGACGUUAAUUUGGCUAUUCAAUUAUUACAAUGUAAACCUUCCAAUUUUGUGGGUCAAAAAUACGAUUCGCUGCCUUCCGAGGUACAAGCUAAAGUGCGAACAUACGUCGCGCAGAAGCGAUGUUCUACGCAGGAUGUAACGCAGCCAGAUGUGAAGAGCAUUACUGUGCCGAUAUCCACAUUUCCACCAACAGCUAUGGUGUAUAAUAUCACAAAACCUGCAGUAGAAAAACACAGUGAUGAUGAUAGUGACGAAAUCAAGCCACCGAUGGAUGUCGUAUCGGCGACUAUUAUGGCAAAGGUGUUGGAAGAUCGCGAGAAGGAAAGAAUUUUCGCCAAACACUGCAACACAUGCACGUGUCACAGAAGCAUCCUCAUGGUGAAUGCUGAGACGCAAACGUGUGUGCCUGAUAUGUUUUCCUUCUCCGACGGGCCCACGCGCAGCAUCGAAAAGCAAGCAUCAGAAGGUAUGACAAAUGAUGAAAAGCAUCAAAGUAAAGGUAAAAUUCAAUCGAACCUCGCAUCGCAUGCGGUUUUCUAUGAGAUCAACCAGAACAAUGAUAAGAUCUGCCAUCACUCGAACGGUGAUUAUACUAUAUUUGUUUCUCAAGCUCCAAGUAUCAAAGAGAAGUUUAUCAGCAGGACCAUGCAAGAUUGCAUGACGGAGGAAAAUUAUGCCACUACAAAGAUAAACUCGAACAAGAAGAACUCGUCCCAGAGUCACGAGAGUAAGUAUUCGUCAUCGUUCCCGAGAUCAAACGGUCUCAAUAGAAUAAACGACAAGGCGUCCAAACCAUUCAGUAACAACAACAGGAAAUGCGAUUCCCCGAUCGAUACUAGAUUCACCGCAAAGUGUUGGAAUAAGGACGAAGGAAACCCUUUUGAUCUUCUCCUCGACACUGGAUCGACGCGUGUCGACAAUCGGUUCUGUAAUAAAGAACAGAUACAUAUCGACAUCAUCAAUGACAGGCUGUGGAAGAACGAAUGGACGAAAUUGAAGACCUCUGAAAAAAAUGCCUCGAUAGAGAAUAAAUGCAAGGCGAGUCGCGGUAUCGAGCUCGAUAUCAUUAACGAUCGCGAUUGGAAGAAUGAUAGGUCGGCGGAGACGCGAAAUGCACUUGCGCAAUUCACUUUGAUCGAGGUUAAAAGUCCGGACAAUAGCGCAGCGAAUCACAAUGAUGGCAAUCAGAUGGAAAUAGCGACUAGUCCGAGCUUCAGCAACGAUAGCAUGGUCAUUUCCAGUUCCGAUCCAUCUAGUAGUUGCAGCGAUGUCGCGCAAUCGUUGACCGGCGGCGCUUUCAACUCGAGCACUAAGUCCAACUCGAGUCGCGUGAUAGGCCCGCGGAAUUGUCUGGUGCGCGUCACACCUGGCUCUAAAAAUAUUUUACUGGACAACGCCGGUCACUUCAAGACUGUAUUGUAUAGCAACGGCAGCGGCAAGGCCAGCACUGCAUUGGUACAUGCAAAAAAAGCAUCUCGGGCUGGUUCUGAACAUUCGACGUCUACCAAUAGCGAGGACAAUUCACCACCAGUGCUGCUGCAGGACAAUCAAUUGCAACGAGUGGCCGAAUGGGUCCAGUCGUCCAUUGACGUCAGUCGUCAAUCCACAUGCAUGGAAAAUUCCGCAUCAGACAAUAGCAAUAAGACUAAGUGCGAAGAGAAUACCACGAGCGACGUCUAUCCGAACAAUUCUCUGAAGAAAUGCAAGCCUUCGAAGCAGGACGGAAUCUUGGCUUACAAGGUUCGAGAUGCGUCAAAAAAGUCUUUGAUAAAUAUCGAAGAUUGUAGCGAAAGGGUUAUAGAAAACGAGCCCAAUAAUAUUAAUAUCUUGUCAAAGCGCAUAGAACAGGACAAGAGCGAAAAUCUCAUAACUUUCGAUGUGCUGGACGAGCGAUCGUCGAAGGAAUGUCAUAAGAAGAAUUUAGAUUAUGAGGUAAAAAUCACGAAGGAGAUGGAGGAGACGUAUUUGAAGCUGGCGGCGAGCUUGGAUCCGGUAGCAUUGAGCCUGUCGAAUAUCAGUGAGGCCGAAUUGACGAUCGAGAAAUAUAGAAAGGAUUAUAAGAGGCUUCAUGUGCAGAAAUUUCAAGAUAAGACAGGCUCAAAAGCUUAAUCUCAGCGAAUUAUUCAUUCAAAGACAAAAUUGACUAUAUCAAGCAGGGAGUUCCUUUAAAGAUAUAACAGAGUGUUAUUUUUUGUAACUAUAUUAAAGUAAGGCUGUACCAAAAGAGACGAGUUGCUUAAGAGAAAAAAAAUCCUAUGCGACACAGCAAGCAAAUCGAUUUUAUUUGCAUUCGUGAACGAGAUAAGUUGAGAUUUUAAGCUUAAAGUCUAUGCAAAAUAUAAAUUUAAAGGACAAAAUUUGAAGAUAAAAUUAAAUGCAAUACGGUAAUAUAAUUGUAAAUUACGUAAUUAAUAAUUGAAGGAGUUUGGGGCAACGACACGCACGCGCUGAGUCAGAUAAAAACUGUCAUUAUUUUUAGAUAUGAUUAUGUGGUUUUUAUCAAUAAUUCAAUAUCAUAAACAUAAAUCAAUAUUUUUUUUUCGUAGGGAUGCCAGAUAGAUAGAUUUAAAAAUAAGUUUGAAAGACGAGAAUGUAUGUUGAAUCUCAAUAAUGUUGAGAUUUAACACACGUCAAUAUUGAUAUUUGUGAAUCACUGCGUUUAUUCGGCUGUGAAAUUUUUUCUAUAUGUCUUAGGAUAUAUUGAUUAAUAAUUAAUCAAUCUCAUAAUGUACGUAAGUAUAUUUUUGUCAAUUUUAUUUAAAAAAAUUAAUCUUAAUUUAUUUAACCUCAAAGAUUGUAAAUUAAUAAAAUAUUUAAGCGAUUAUUAUAGCAAAUGAUAUUGAGCGUGUCGUGUUGCAGCAAAACUCUACUACUGGACAUGAAAUGCAUAUUAGUUCUAUUUGUGUGAGAAUGCAAUCAAUGAAUGGUCAGUGGAAAUAUUUAAUUGUAUUUCAUUUUAAUAAUUCUGGCAGGGAGAGAUAUGAAUAGAUAAUAUAUAUAUAUUUUUUUUUGUCUUGCAAUGUGAACAUACACAUUAAAAAUAUAAAAACGACAAUAUUAUAAUUAACUUAUGAAAACCCAGAAAAUAUUGUUCCAUCAAAUUAUUUUAUAAAAUUCGUCAAUGAUGGUUAAUUUUAUAUAUUAAGUAUCUACAUAUAUUAUACCAAAGCUAGAUCACUUGGGAUAAGGAUAUUUUAAUCCUUUGCAUUCAGAAUUAUUCUCGCUAUGACAGUAAUAAUUAAUCAAGUUGAAUCAAAUUGAAUCUUGCAACGCAAAUGUAAUAUGCAAACAUUAAUAUUUAAGCAAAUAACUUCUGUAAAACAUCAGCUUUCAUGUAAUAUCAUAAUAAGAUCUCUUGCGCAGUUGCUAUAAACAUGAUAUAAGAAUGCAAAGGAUUAAAUGACAAUCAGUUCUUUUAGCCCAUUUAAUGAUGCCAUGAAUACACAUAAUUUGAUUAUUUAUUGUGUAGCAUUAUAUUGAUAAUGUAAUUUCAUAAAUCUAACUAUGGCAUGUGCUAUGUUUUAUUUACUAUAUAGAAAAAUUGUAUUGAGUUUACACAAAGGUUGUCAUAUAAAGAAAAUAAUUAUGUCUGUUGUUAUAAAAUGAUUUGGAUUCAAAGGAUUAAGAAAUUUGCUAUUUUACGUAAGUUAAACUGAGUUAUCCACUAUAUAGAGUGAAAGUUGCUUCCAUUUUAGCAAUCUCAGUCAUCGUAUCCUUCUCAAUACAUUAUAUACUCCACAAAAACGUUUUGUGAUAGUCCAAUAAAAACAUUUGUCUGAU